AUGGAACCAACAAGAAAUCAACGACCAUGGGUUGAUGGAUUAUCAGCAUCAUUGGGAUCAUCAGUUGCUAUACUUGUACUACAACCAUUGGAUUUGAUUAAAGUUAGAUUACAAGGUAGUGGAUUUGGAGUACAAACCAAGGGUGCUACAACUGUGAUAACUCCCUCUCAUAGUAAUGGUGGUGGAUUCUUUAAUACAUUUGUAUCGAUUGUUAAAAAUGAAGGAGUUGGUCAAUUUUGGAGAGGUAUCGGACCGACUAUUGUUGCCAAUGGUUUGGCAUGGGGUCUAUAUAUGCAAUUUUAUGAAAGAUUUAAAACUGGUUUAAAAGAUAGCAACCUUUUAAAUAUUAGUAGUCAGUCUCAGUCGUCGUCGACAUUAUCAUCACAAUUUCACAUAAACUUUGUGGCCGGUGUAGCAGCCGGUGUAACACAAGUAUUCAUCACCAAUCCAAUAUUUAUGAUAAAGACUAGAAUGCAAUUACAAGUACCGGGUAGUGACCGAUACUAUACCAGUUUCUUUGAUGGUGUUCGAAAGACUGUCCAAUACGAAGGAUUCUUUGGACUGUACAAAGGUGUAGUACCAGCACUUUGGUUGACUUUUCAUGGUGGCAUUCAAAUGUCUUGUUACGAUGAAAUUAAAUUAUACUUUGCAAGAUUAUCUGAUAAACCUAUUAAUAAUUUGACAUCAACAGAAAUAUUUAUAGCAGGAAGUAUAUCAAAGUUUUUAGCUAGCACUAUUUUGUAUCCAUUCCAAGUGAUCAAGACUAGACUUCAAGAUGAAAGAAAUAUAGCAACCAAGGAAAAGGGAGUCACUUACAAUGGUACUUGGGAUGUAGCCAAAAAGAUUCUAAAGGCAGAGGGUGUGAUUGGUUUCUAUCGUGGUGUCAUACCAAAUACUCUUCGUGUUAUUCCAAAUUCAUCUAUUACUUUAUUGGCCUAUGAAGAGAUUAAAAAGCUUUUCAACUCAGUUGACAAAUAA